AUGGAAAUUUCAAUAAAUGAAGAAGAAGGCCGCAUCAUUCAUCAUAAAAGAAUCGAAGAUGAAGAAGAGACUGAGACUGAUAGGACAAAAGAAGAUGGCUUGACGAUAGCAGAGCAAACCAGAGAGUUUGUUUGUCUUCGUUGCCACAAACCAAUUCUUACGAAUGAGGCAUCAAAAACAAAGAGAAAGUUUCACAGACGUUGCUACAAAGAGCAUUGUCGUCCAUACUGUUAUGUCUGCAGAAAGAAAAUUCCAUCAACCAAGGAAGGAAUAAAAUAUCAUAAGCAUCCCUAUUGGGAGGAGAAAUACUGUCCUUCUCAUGAUGGCGAUGAAACUGCUAAAUGUUGCAGCUGUGAACGCUUACAAGCUUGUGGAACAGAGUAUCAAAUGCUUGCUGACAAUCGGUGGCUGUGCGAAGAGUGCAAGGAAAGCGCGGUUAUGGAUACUGAUGAAUCCCAAUCUUUGCACAUUGAAAUCCGUGAAUUCUUCAAAGGCUUAAACAUGAAAGUUGAGAAAGUAUUUCCUCUUAUUUUGGUGGAUCAACAAGCGCUGAAUAAAGCUGAGGAAGAGAAAGUGAGUCAGUAUGGGGUGGUAACUAGAGGUCUUUGCAUGUCUGAAGAGAAGAUAGUCCCAAGGAUCCCUAGAGGGGCAAACAAGCAGCUAAUAGGCAUGGCUAGAGAAUCUCAAAGGUUCGUUCGUGAGUGCAAUGUCACUGCAAUUCUGAUCCUAUAUGGACUUCCUAGGUUGCUAACAGGAUAUAUAUUAGCGCAUGAGAUGAUGCACGCUUAUCUUAGACUCAAAGGUUACCGGAAUCUUAAGACUGAUCUUGAAGAAGGGAUAUGCCAAGUGCUAGGACGCAUGUGGUUGGAGUCUCAAAGGUUUUCCAGUAGUAAUGCUUCAUCAUCAGCUUCUUCUUCCCGAACUCCUCCACCCGAUACCACAUCAACGAAAGGAGAUCAGUCUGAUUUCGAGAAGAAGCUAGUGGAAUUUUGCAUUCAUCAGAUAGAAACAGAUGAAUCACCAAUCUACGGUGAUGGGUUCAAGAAAGUUUACGAGAUGUUGGUGUCAAAUCACUACAACCUUAAGGAUACACUAAAGAGCAUUGCUAUUGCUUCCAAGACUCUACAAGAUUCGAAGUUUUGA